AUGCACAGCCAUGACACAAAGUUCCACAGUGUUGCGAGUGAGAUGGAAUACCAGCUCAUGCAAACAACGGUUGCAUAUGAACUACAGAAGCAAGUGGAGCUUUUGAAGAAAAACGGAAAGAAAAGCAGCCAGCCAGGAGCCACUCCCAAACCAUUGGCUAUUUCCAUUCAGGACAUGUGCCCAGCAUCGGAAAAAAAGUCUAUUGCUCACACCAACAAAAAAUCAGCAAAGUCACCAUUAGGCCACCGAUUGAAGGCUGAUGUUGAGGACUCAGAAGCCCCAACUCUUAUGCACCAGUAUUUUGACCAGCUCCAGAACAAGUAUGGGAAGUGUAACAAGCACAGGAAUAAGCUUUGCCUCAUUCUGAGGGAUGGAACCCAUUACUUUCUCACUAUUGAGCAACUGAGGCUGUGGGCAAUGUCAAUGGAACUAGGGGCAGCCGAUCUCAACUCUCCACCAAAGGUGCUGAAUGUCCCAUUGGCAAAUCACCCGACACAUCAUGCACCAUCUGUUACCAGGCAACCAUCAUCAAGCAUGGUGAUCAGAAGUCCAGUUGCCCAGCUGAGCUCUGAUGUGCCACCAAUACAGAGUAUAAGUGGAUCUCUUCUGCACUCAGUCAUAUCCAUGCAUACCCAAUCCCGACCCGACUUCCGGACCUCCUCCUUCCCCACCUCCGGAGUCCUACCCUACCGCUGUCUGUUCCGAUACUCACCUUCGGUCCUGGCAACACACCUCCUUGUACCUCCCAUGCCACCUCCACUCCUCCUUCCCUCUCCUCCCCUAUCUCUGUCCACUCCGAUACUCACCUCAGACCGAACACUGCCCCUCUCGCCACCCUCCUACUACUCCUCCUCCUACUCCUCCGCUCCUCCCUCACAACACCUCCACCCUUCCGUCAUCCUCCUACGCUUCUCCCAUCCACUCCAAUACUCACCUUCAGACCUGACAACACUCCUUUCCGCCACUCCUUCCCUCUUCCCUCUCUCCUCUCUCUUCCCUCUAGUACUCUUCCGCUGA